AUGGCCGCCCGAUCCUUGCUUUGGCCUUCGUUGAUUUGGCUUCAACUUGGAUUAUUUUUGGCAUUUCAGGUGCCAAUUUACAGCAAAGAAUGUCCAAGAUUGUGCGUUUGCGAGAUUCGACCAUGGUUCACUCCGCAGUCAACCUACAAAGAGGCCAUCACUGUAGAUUGCAAUGAUCUAAGGCUAAUGAAAAUACCUACAAACUUGUCUCUAGAUACGCAAGUGCUGCUCCUACAAAGCAAUCUGAUCUCACACACAAAUGGAGAACUGGAAGCAUUGGUUAACCUGACCGAACUGGACUUUUCGCAGAACAACUUCAGCACAGUGGAAGCAGUCGGACUACGAAGUAUGAACCACUUGACGACGUUGCAUUUAGAAGAAAAUCAGCUCACGGAAUUACCAGAUUUCUGCUUGAAAAACCUCUCCAACCUCCAAGAACUGUACAUUAACCACAAUAAGAUCAACUCAAUCUCUGCUCACGCAUUUGGUGGCCUUCAGAAUUUGCUAAGGCUUCACCUGAACUCCAACAAGCUCCACGUUAUAGAUAGCCGCUGGUUUGAAGAAACUCCCAACUUGGAAAUACUCAUGAUUGGCGAAAACCCGGUAGUUGGACUUUUGGAUAUGAACUUCAAGCCACUUGGGAGUCUCCGAAGUCUUGUUUUGGCCGGUAUGGAUCUUACAGAUGUUCCUGCCGAUGCGUUCAUUGGGUUGGAGACUCUUGAAAGCAUUUCAUUUUAUGACAACAAGCUCGUUCGAAUUCCGCAACUCGCUCUCCAAAAAGUCCCCAAUUUGAAGUUUUUGGACUUAAACAAAAAUCCCGUCCAGAAACUACAAGAAGGUGAUUUUCGUAACAUGUUGCAUCUUAAAGAAUUAAGUAUUAACAACAUGAUGGAGCUCGUGUCUAUAGAUCGUUAUGCUUUAGAUAACCUUCCUGAAUUCACCAAACUGGAAGCGACCAACAACCCAAAGUUAUCAUACAUUCACAAACAAGCGUUCAGAGAAUUACCGUCUUUGGAGAGCUUGAUGCUAAAUCACAACGCACUGACGGCGCUCUAUCAGGGGAGCGUCGAGUCCUUACCGAAUUUGCGCGAAGUUAGUAUACAUAGCAACCCGCUACGCUGCGAUUGCGUUAUUCAGUGGAUGAGUUCAAACCGGACGACCGUUAGAUUCAUGGAGCCUUCUUCUAUGCUUUGCUUCUCUCCGCCUGAGCUUAAAGGACAAAAAGUACGAGAAUUUAAGCUAGUCGAAGCAGCAGAGCAAUGUUUACCGCUAAUUUCUCACGAGACCUUCCCGAGCCAUUUGAAUCUCGAGUUAGGUAUGAGUGUGAGCUUAGAUUGCCGCGCUAUGGGCGAACCCGACCCGGAAAUCUAUUGGGUAACUCCUUUAGGAAAUAAAAUAACUCAAGAUACCGAUUCAGACCGCUACCAUUUGAGUAGCGAAGGGACUUUGCAUUUGUCUCACGUCCAAGUUGAAGAUUCGGGGAGGUAUACGUGCGUGGCGCAAAAUACGGAAGGCGCGGACACGAAAGUGACGACGAUACGCGUCAAUGGGACUUUAAUCGAAAGUGCGCAAGUUAUGAAAAUAUACGUGAAACAAACAGAGUCUCAUUCAAUUCUUGUUUCUUGGAAGGUGAAUUCAAACGUUAUGACUUCAAAUCUUAAAUGGGCAUCGGCCACUAUGAAAAUCGAUAAUCCACAUAUUACGUACACGGCUAGAGUACCAGUUGACGUCCACGAAUACAACUUAACGCAUCUCCAGCCCGCUACCGAGUACGAAGUUUGCCUCACCGUGUCAAACAUCCACUUACAAACCCACAAAUCUUGCGUAAACGUGACGACAAGAAGCCCAACUUUCUCCCUGGACAUUUCGGAGCAGCAUCCUAGCGUAGCUGUGCUAGCCGUGAUGGUGACGGCGUUAGCGUUCAUUAGCCUAGCCACGGUCGCGGUCUACAUGGCUAAAAAGUGGAGAAGGAAAAACUACCAUCACUCGCUGAAGAAAUACAUGCUCAAAACAUCUUCAAUUCCGUUAAACGAGCUGUACCCGCCGCUUAUCAACUUGUGGGAUUCAGACCCGGAAAAAGAUGCGACAGAUGCGAGCGGGAAACCUUCUCCCGUCGACACCACGCGCAGCUACUACAUGUGGUAA